CCUGUCGUUGGCUGGAACUGCUGCACAACCUGUUUGUUGAUCGCUUAUGUGGCUUAUUAACACCCCGACUUUAUUAUAAGCCGGGUGGAUUUCUCAGGGGGAUUUAAGUUGCUGUCGCCAAGAAGAGAUAGCUAGCAGUCUGACAGCAGACACCUACUACACAACGAGUAUGUCCUAAAGCUUUUAUUUUGGCGACUGAAUUAAAAUUGAGAAUAGGCUUCUUUUUUUUUUUCAAAUGUAGCAUGCUAGCUGUUAGCUGCGUCGCGCACAGAGUACACACAGACGUUUUGUUCUGCUCUUGCAACAGCCUCUGCAUGACAAACGAUCACAAGUGUUGAAGUAUAGAUAGGUCGCAACAAAAACACACACACAGCGGUUGUUUUGUUGAGGAACGUGUGAGGAAUAAUCACUUGGUUGGCUAUCCUCAGCCCCCGGGGCUAAACCCCCGGUCUGCCGACCGAAUUGAUGGCCGGAAAUCCGAGGAGGGGCGCCGGGCUCAUCGGCUUGAUGAAGGACGCCUUUCAGCCGCACCAGCAGCCUCUGCAGCCGCACCAACCUGCAGUGGUCGAUAAGAAAAUGGUGGAGAAAUGCUGGAAACUCAUGGAUAAGGUGGUGCGUUUGUGCCAGAACCCCAAGGUGGCGUUGAAGAACAGCCCCCCCUACAUCCUGGACCUGCUGCCGGACACCUACCAGCACCUACGCACCAUUCUGUCCCGAUACGAGGGCAAAAUGGAGAUUCUCGGGGAGAACGAUUAUUUUCGCGUGGUCAUGGAGAACUUGACCAACAAGACCAAGCAGACCAUGAGCCUUUUUAAAGAGGCCAAGGAGAGGAUGUAUGAGGAGAACUCCCAGCCCAGGCGAAACCUCACCAAGCUGUCUCUGAUCUUCAGUCACAUGCUUGCCGAGCUAAAAGCCAUCUUCCCCAAUGGCUUAUUUCAGGGAGACAACUUCAGGAUCACCAAAGCUGAUGCUGCAGAAUUUUGGAGACGGUCAUUUGGGGACAAGACCAUAGUGCCGUGGAGGACGUUUCGUCAGGCUCUCCACGAGUUUCACCCAAUCAGCUCGGGCUUGGAGGCCAUGGCUCUCAAGUCCACCAUCGACCUCACGUGCAACGACUACAUCUCCGUCUUUGAGUUCGACAUCUUCACCAGGCUCUUCCAGCCGUGGUCGUCUCUUUUAAGGAACUGGAACAGUCUGGCAGUCACACACCCGGGUUACAUGGCCUUCCUAACCUACGACGAGGUCAAGGCUCGACUGCACAGGUUCAUCCACAAACCCGGCAGCUACAUCUUCAGGCUGAGCUGCACCCGGCUGGGCCAGUGGGCUAUCGGCUACGUGACAGCUGACGGGAACAUCCUGCAGACCAUCCCCCAUAACAAACCGCUCUUUCAGGCCCUCAUUGAUGGAUACAGAGAGGGAUUCUACCUGUUCCCUGAUGGUCGCGCACAGAACCCAGACCUAACAGGGCUGUGUGAACCUUCUCCACAGGACCACAUCAAAGUUACUCAGGAGCAGUAUGAGCUGUACUGUGAGAUGGGCUCCACCUUCCAGCUCUGCAAGAUCUGUGCAGAGAACGACAAGGAUGUGAAGAUCGAGCCCUGCAGACACCUGAUGUGCACCUCCUGUCUCACUGCGUGGCAGGAGUCGGAGGGUCAAGGCUGCCCGUUUUGCCGCUGUGAGAUCAAAGGUACAGAGCCCAUCGUGGUGGACCCGUUCCAUCCAAAGGCCAGCGGGGCUUCCUUUGCUGGUUUUCAGGGUUCCAGCAGAGCAGAAGCUGCCUGCAACGACGAGGAAGACGAUGAUCGCCUGGAGGACCACCUUGUUAUGAGCAGGCUGGCCUGCACCAAGGUAGAGCGCCCGCCCUCUCCAGUGUCUCAGCUGCCUCCAGUGCCCCCCAGGCUGGACCUCCUGCAGCAGAGACCCUCCAGCUCCCACAGCGCACAGACUCAGGGAGCCACAGCCAAGAUGCCGGCCACUCACAGAGACAAGCCUCUACCUCUGCCUCCAGCCCUGAGAGAGCUGCCCCCUCCCCCCCCUCCGGAGCGCCCCUCACUUGUCGGCCAGGACUCCAGACUCCAGAGGAGGCCGCUGCCCUCCACCCCGGACCAGGCCGCCUGGGCUUCCAACUACAUGGUCCCGCGUCCGGCAACCAAGGCCCUGCCAGCCUUGUCCUCCACCCCUCAGAACAACGGAACCAGUGGGGAGGGAAGCAAACCCCAGGCAGCUACGAACGCCGUCUACUGCUUGGCUGCAAGAUCUGUGCCAGCGUCGGCGGCGUCGGGUGGGGAGAAGCCGUUGUCUGACUGUGAGGAGAAUGAGUACAUGAGUCCCACCUCUCUCCCUGCUGCUGGGGCCUCCUGGGUCAUAACGGGCUCCUUGGUGCCCCCGCCUCCGGUCCAGGCGAACCACCACAACGACAUCAGCAGCGAGGUGGCCAACAGUGACUCCGAGGAGCCCAUAGUCUAUGAGUCCAUGUGUAACAUCCAGGCCCAGGCUGGUUCCUGUGACACGGCACAGGCCUCUGAACUGGACCAACCUCAACAUACAGCUGUGGCUCCCCAGGACAAGGAGGAGGAGAUCAUUGAGGAGGAUAUUUACGAGUACGACUGUCCCAGACCGGUCCUCCCUCUCGCCCCCACCAGAAGAACCAUGUCGGAUAUGGGCGGUCCCUCAGCGGCCUUCAGCAGUCUCGGCAUCGACAGUGCAGUAGACGCCAGUAUGUUUGCAGCAGGAGCCGAACCUGAACGUCCCCCCAAACCUCUCCCACGGCGAGCCAACUCCGACCGGCGGCCUCGGCCUGUAAACCGGGAAUUUCCUGCUCCAUUGCCGGACCUCCCCGGUCCCUCCUCUGCUUCCUCCUCUCCUCCUCCUCCUCCUGGAAGCCAGACCUUAAACGGGGAGAUUGAAUGCUUGGUGUCCCAGGGCUACUCCAUUCAGGACAUCCAGAAAGCCCUGCUGAUCGCCCAGAACAACCUGGAGACGGCCAAGAACAUCCUGCGAGAGUUUGUCUCCAUCGCCACAUAGUCGCUGCAGGCACACCCCCCUCUCUAUCUCUAUCUCUGUCUCGUCUCUGUCUCACUCUGUGCCAUUAUCAUGGAUAGCAUUUACCAAGCACUUUCCUGCAGGGCCACAAGUACUUUACUCUGAAGAGUGAAGUAAAGUAGCUGCGUUCACGUUAUAUCAGAAGACAUUAUCUGCAAGUUGUAGUCUUUGAAAAGACCCAAAGUCAUUUCUGCGGCAGGUAUUACUUGCUUUUCUAAGUGGAGUUUUGUGUUAAAAUGUAUUAUUUUAAUUAUCUUGGACUACUGUUAUGCCAAUGCCAAUUGUUUUGACAUUGAAGCCCUUAAAAUCUCUUGUUUACUCGUAAUCGCCACUUGACGAUUGAGGUUUUUUUGGCUCCCUUGAACAGAAGUAUCCGUUGGUCAGUCCAGUUUGGGUUCACGAAGCAGCUCAGUCGAGUCCGAUAUGACCUGAACGCAGCAUACACGGAGAAUGGAAGCCUUUUUAAUGUGAGCUCUCUGUAGCCAAGUUCUGACCCCGUUGUACUUCGCUGAGGUCCACUCGUGCUGUGGCAUCGUUUCCCCCCCUCAGUCCAGAGUACCUUCUCUCAUUACGCUAAGUGUUUGAAGCUACAGUGAUCAGUAGAAGGACCCCGCGGAUAGUCGCUUCUGACUCGGUUCCCGUUCGGUUUUGGUGCUUUUUACGGGCUUCUUGGCAAAUUUUGUGGCGUACGAAUAUGUAGCGACGCUAGUUCUGUCGGAAAAUUUGUGAUUAACGCUGUUGUGUGUGUGUGUGUGUGUGUGUGUGUGUGUGUGUGUGUGUGUGUGUGCUCAAUGCUGAUGAAUGUGAAUGUUUAGUCGCAGUGCAGUAUUGCAGGGCUUCGUUUCGUACGCGUCGCUGUGGCCUCGCUCCGUAUUUUGUUUCGAUGGUAUUUGACCACUUGAACUUGACUCCAUAUUUCCUCUCAGCUCACGGUUCAAUAAUGGUUCUAUAAUGAAAUAACAAGAUUUAAUGUUUAAGUACUCUCAUAAAUUGUUGUGCUGAGUGUAGUACUAACUGGCUGGAUUUUCAGGAGUCUAGUUUGUCAUUUAAUUCCAUGAUUGCCUGCCACCGAAGGCUGGUCUAUUUACUGUAACGCUUCUGUUUAAUCUCAUGGUGUCUUACUAACAAGCAAAAGGACUUUAAAGGGAUAGUUCAGAUAGUUUGAAGUGGGGGGACGUAUGAGGUACUUAUCCAUAAUCGAUCAUUUUGCCCCCAGUUGGGAGAAACAAACGGGAGUAACGGCACAGGAGCAAAGUAAUGUACUACUGAGGACGAGCUCAGCAGCUAAACAUAUUUUAGCCACAAUAUCAAUUAUUUCGAGAGUUUUCACUGCUUUACUUGAUGUUAUAUAUGCUCUCUUCAGAGCUACUAGACUCCAUUGACAAAAACAGUCAUUGUCUGUGUUAUCUUGCAAAACACAGGAGUUGCUGGUCUACCGCCGCCUCCUUUGGUUAGUUUUUGUGUUAUUGUGUGACUUUUGUAAAUCCGAAA